UCCUCAGACUCCUCCCUCCUCCUCCUCCCUUCGGUCUCUCUCAUCCUCUCCCUCCCCCCCGGUCCUCUAUGCUCAGUUCGGUGUGUGUAUCCUCUUUCAAAGGGCGCAAGGGUGGGAACAAGUCGUCCAACAAAGCAUGUUACAGUGCAGACAUGACUUGUCCGUCGGAAAGCGAGAAAAUCGUGAUAAACUGCGGGGGGGUGCGGCAUGAGACCUACCGGAGCACCCUAAAAACGUUGCCCGGUACCCGCUUGUCGUGGCUCACCGAACCGGACGCGUUCAGCAACUUCGACUACGACCCCAAAUUAGACGAGUUCUUCUUCGACCGCCACCCGUCAGUGUUUUCCUUCAUCCUCAACUAUUACCGCACCGGGAAGUUGCACUGUCCCAAUGAUGUGUGCGGUCCCCUGUUCGAAGAGGAGCUCGCCUUCUGGGGCAUCGAUGAGACGGACGUGGAGGCGUGUUGCUGGAUGAAUUACCGGCAGCACCGGGAUGCGGAGGAGGCGUUGGACAGCUUCGAGACACCAGAACCGGACGCGCCGGACGACGAUCCAGCACUAGGCGGUGCGGAUGGGGACUUGAAAAGACUGUGCAUGCAGGAGGACGCGAGGAAAUCGGGCUGGUGGAAAACCUGGCAGCCCAAAAUAUGGGCACUGUUUGAAGACCCGUAUUCCUCCAAAUAUGCCCGGUAUGUGGCAUUCGGCUCCCUAUUCUUCAUCCUCAUCUCCAUCUCCACUUUCUGCAUGGAGACGCAUGAGGCCUUCAACACCAUCGUCAACAAGACAGAGAACGUCACAGUGGGCAACACAACCCGUGAAGAGAUUGUAUACGAGGUGGUGACUGACAGCUGGUUGACAUACGUGGAGGGUGUGUGUGUCAUCUGGUUCACCAUCGAGGUCCUGCUGCGAGUCACCUUCUGCCCAGAUAAGUUAGAAUUCUUCAAAAGCACCCUCAACAUCAUCGACUUUGUCGCCAUCCUGCCCUUCUAUCUGGAGGUGGGCCUGAGCGGUCUGUCCUCCAAAGCUGCCAAGGAUGUCCUGGGGUUCCUACGUGUCGUCCGAUUUGUCCGUAUCCUCCGAAUCUUCAAGCUCACCCGCCACUUUGUGGGUCUCCGUGUCCUUGGCCACACCCUUCGUGCCAGCACCAAUGAAUUCCUCCUGCUCAUUAUCUUCUUAGCCCUUGGUGUCCUCAUCUUUGCCACUAUGAUCUACUAUGCUGAAAGAAUUGGCGCAGACCCAGAUGACCCAACAGCCAGCGCCCACACCAACUUCAAGAACAUCCCCAUCGGAUUCUGGUGGGCCGUGGUGACCAUGACCACGCUGGGCUAUGGAGAUAUGUAUCCGGAGACGUGGUCAGGGAUGCUGGUGGGUGCGCUCUGUGCCUUGGCUGGUGUGCUGACCAUUGCUAUGCCUGUACCUGUCAUUGUCAACAACUUCGGCAUGUACUACUCUCUGGCCAUGGCCAAACAAAAGCUGCCCAAAAAGAAGAACAAACAUAUCCCCCGAGCACCCCAGCCAGGGUCCCCCAACUACUGCAAGCCCGAUGCCCUGGCAAUGGCUACUGCAUCACCACAAAGGAUCUUGGGAAAUGUUCUCGGUGGAGUGAUGGGUUCUGGAGGCAUAGGGGGUGACUGUCCUCUCGCCCAAGAAGAAAUUAUAGAGAUUAACAGAGAUUCCAAGCAGAACGGUGAUGCAGCCUCGGCCGCCCUGGCUAACGAGGACUGCCCCACCAUCGACCAGGUGCUGAGCCCGGAUGAGAGGAGCCCUAUCGGGCGUGGGCCUACCCGGGAACGCUACCAGCAGGACCGCGCCUGCUUCCUGCUCAACACCAGGGAAUUCCGUGCCACAGAUGGGAAUGUGCGGAAAGGUUGUGUCAUAUCACGCGUGUCAACGGGCUAUGAGAAAUCUCGCAGCCUCAAUAACAUAUCGGGAAUGGCUGGGUCAUCACUGCGGCUUGCUCCUAUCACUAGCCCACCCUUUGAAACCUAUGAGGCCCCAGGACCACUGCGUCGCUGUCGUUCCCCCAUCCCGUCCAUUUUGUAGCAGAAAGGCUGGCUAUGAUUGGAUGAUAAGAGAUGCAGUAGAUUAUCUAAUGGACUGAUCGCACUAAAGCCUCCAUUUGAAUUGUACACCGUGCAAAAACAAUAGCAAUAACAUAAAAAGAACUUGAAUGUAGAAAGAAUGACCUCUUGUCUUGUGAAUCCCAUGGUUUAUGAUGCAUGCGUCAGGUUAGCUGAUGGAGGUCAAAAACAAACUUUAGUUUUAAAGUUACACUGUUAUUUUAAAUUAUUAGAAGAAAUGUAAAAAAAAAAAAAAAAUCAAUUGGUUUGUAAAUAAAAUAGAGUCAGAGGUUAAAAAAAGAUUAUGAAAACGUGCACAGUUACAUCUCAAAACUAAGUGUUUAGAUGGACAUCCAUUUUUGUGUGUUCUGGACCAAACAAAACUGAGCUCACAGCACUGUCCAGAGAAGUGACCAUGAAACUUCAGUUCAUUUAGCCAAAGACAAAAACACAUUUAUAGAUUAGAUUGAUGUUGAAUAGGUUUCUACUUCCUGUCUUUUGUGAAUUUUCAUGUGUGUAUAGUGUAGAUAUCAUUUUGGUAAUAAUCUCUCUCGAAAAAAGAAAAACAGACUCGGCCUCUAUAAGUCUCACUAUUAACACCAACUUUUGAAAUUUAUUAUGAAAUCAUUGUACAUGAUGUCAAAGCUAAAAAAAAGAAAAAGAAAAGAAAAAGCGAAAACAGUAGCUAAUAUACUGCUAAGAUAAUACCAUAAAAGCCAUCUCAAUUGUAGUUUGCUUUAUUACAUUGCUGUUAGAAUCCCAUAUAUUCAGUUGCUCCCUUGCAGUGUACAGUUAAAGGUCUAUUCAGUCGUUUUAUUUGGCAGGUACAAGCAUGCUAAUAUCUAUAUUUUAUAUUAAAUGCAGGUAUAACAAUCAUAAAAAACAUGUUUUAUUAUAUGCCACAAAAAAUAUUUACAUUUUCUCACUACCAUAUAGGCUGCCAGAUCUGCAAAUAAUGUACCAAUGUACACCACUGGCUAUGGCUUGGACAAAAUGUUAUAUGAAAUUUUGUAUUUGUGAAGUACCAGAUAUCAUGUUUUUAGCAUCUGAAACUGGGGGAAAUGAUAUCCUUGGUGGUUAAUGUUGUUAGGGCAGCUGAAGACCUCAUGGGUAGGACUGUUUGACUGGCUGCAUACCAGCUGUGUUUUGUUUCCCAAACAGGAGCACAAUUUAGCGAUCAGAUCCUCUGUUCACAUUUUCUAUUUGAUGAUAGUAAAUGACUGAGUGGACCUUUGAACAAAUGGACAGUCAUGUAAAUGAACUAUGUGCUUGCAGGUCUACAAUUUUUCAAAGAAAUCUAGAUGCAGUGUAUUUAGAAAGCUACUUAAGACAAUAAAGUAAAUACAACCUAUAAAGUCAAAUAUGGAUGACUACAUAAUCAAUAAUAUAGUUUAAACAAAUACAAGCACUUUACUAACUGUCGGAGUUAAUUUACUAACCUUUAAAGCUUGCAUGUUGGCACAUUACACAGAUUUUUACAAAACAUGAAUAAGCUGAACAUGUGAGACCGACCUACUAAACACAUCUCUAGCAAAGGAUGUUCAGCUUUUCUAAAUAUGUGUUUUGCUUCUGCUUCACUUUUUGUUUUUUGUUUUUUUGUUUUUUUAAUUUUUAGUUUUUUUCUCAUUAUUUUUUUUGUUUUUGGUUUGAAUGUUUAUCUAAAAAAAGUUUAAAUAUAUAUACAAAUUAAAAUUACUAAACACAGUGGUUACAAUAUAACCUCUCCCUCAAUAACUGAUCAUAAACAAUCUCUUUCAGUCAAUUUGUAGCUUUUAUUUUUGUAACUGAGGACCUUCCUAAAAUCACCCUCACAUGACAAUAGAUCUUAUGUUAGAAGUUGAGCAAAAAAAGAUUACAAAAUAAUAACACAUUCACAUAUGCAAUAAACAUGCAAUAUUACUUUAAUGCUGGAGAACAUGCUGUGCACAUACAUAUGUAAAUAUGCAGAUCUAUUUUUAAUCCUUAAAAUGCACAGACUUAGUAGGCAGUCUACUUAUCUUUGAUUUAGCUGUUGCAGAUUUAAGUGUCCAAAAGUAUUACGAUGACUUGAGCCAUUUUUCUUUCAAGUCCAUGUGGUCUUACAGACUUUUUCAAUGUUCUAGCUGCCAUUUUUUUAUUGUUUUAGUUUUGUAAUAAUUUUAUAAUUUUAUAUUUUCUUCACUUGUACUGGUAAUGUGUAUUUCAUUGUAAGAAAUUACUUUUCUGUACCACUGAUUGUCACAAAUAUCAUUUGUUGAAAAAGAUACAGUUUUAUUUAACUGUCCUUAAGUUGUUUAACAAACAAAUGUAGCAGUGUAGCAACACUGAAAUCAUGAGGAAAAACUGUAAGUGCUUUACAACCAAUACUUUUUUUGCAGGAGUUUAGAGAGUCAGGUCCUGAUAUUCUUACUGUCAGAAUCUAUGGUCCAUUUUGUCGAAAUAUUGAUGUGCUUCCAGACCCCUAAGCUUUGAGAACUUAGAUAUGCAGUGUUAUGAUUGAAGAUGAGAGCUAUGGUUUCACUUGAAUGUUUGCUUGAAUCUGUUGUCGACUGGAGUUUGAGAAGUUUGUAAAAGUCGUAGUGUCUCAUUUAGGAUAGUUCCUACCAUAAGGUCACUGCAAGAAGUAAUGCUUGCUUCAUCUGAUACGGGUUUUUGAAGGCCAUCGAACAUAAUUUCAGAACAAAGUUACAAAUAGUCAUGCUUAUACACAAUAUAUUUCACCAUUAUGAUGUCAAAAAAAAUUACAAUAAUUCAGUGUUGUCUGAAAAUGUCUGAAACAGCAUGCAGAACUUUGUUCCUCCAGUGAGAGCAGCUGCUUAAUGUAUAAUGUCCACCUGAACUUGGAAACUCUGGGAUAUUGCAUUUUUAAAUCGAUUUAACUUGCAGAAAGACCUUUUUGUGAGCAUGUAAUGAGUACAGAUUGACAGACCUGGGUUCAGUCCUCAGAGCUAAUCUUAGUCCGCAUCAUCAAACCUGGUCUUCUGUAAGUUUUGCUAGCAUCACUUCUCACAGUGCACAAAAACUUAUUAAACCUUUUCGGCGCACAUGCAUACUGUGUAAUCUUAGAAUGACUCCACAAUGUGGAUGUUACAGUUCGCAGAUACUCUGAAUAAUUCUCUUAUGCCACGUUAUUUGGAGUGUACAUUUUCUGUUACAGUCAAGGAAAAUGUCCGUCCAUGCUACAUAUCUGCAGUGGAAAGUUUUUCUUUAAUGCUACAAUUGACUGUCAGUGGGAGAGAGGAGUAACAUACUGUAAUCUUAAAACACCACCACUUGAAUUUCAACAUGUAUGAUUAUAGAAGUACUGUAUUUCUUCCUGUUUGCUUUCUAUUGUAUGCAAAUGGAUUCGAAGAAUGUCAUACCUGUGAUUCUGUUGCGUUUAAAGGGUCAUAUCCCAUAGUUGUUGCCAAUGCAAAUCACCUAGGAGAUUCUGAAGUAAACAUUGCUUAAGUAAAUAAAACAGUAAGUGCCUCUAUGAGGCCCCUUUAGGCUCUGAUGUCAAUUUAGGAGUUCAUGCAAACUAGCUAGAUUUAACUAGCUAAACCUUCAAAGCAAUGCUUAAUAGGUCAGUGGUUAUUAUUGAAUAUGUACAUAUCUGUAUCUACACAUGUGAAUACAUUAAAGUCAUAUGAAAUUAAUAUAUCUAUGUAUACUCUCUGAGUGUGGGCAGGAGGAUUCAUAAGAACGGAGUCAGAAAGGUGAAUGGUUUUAUCCUGCAGAUCAGUGAAGUGCCGAACCAACCUAACUACACUACAGAAGUGUGUACAUAUGUGUUCUGUCUGUCUUUCAAAAACAAAGUACUGUUAUUCAUUUCUAUUCUGUCGGUGCUAUACAGUACUAAACAUAUUUUUAGCUAUAUCACCUGGUAAUCUGGGAGUAAGAAUUAUACACAUAAUGCACUGUGGUGGAAAUACUGUAACUUGGAUCUGCAUCAGUCAAUAAGCUGUUAUGAUUUACAAUACCAGCACCGUGUGUAACAACACAAAGGGUGCUUUGGCACUGCUUCAGGACGUUACUGGUGCCAGAACAAAGACACAGGAAGAGCAAAAAGUUUGGUUUCUAUCCAAACAAACAGUCGUGUGUUAGAAUCUAAUAAUGAAUAAUAUCUUUAGACUUGUGUAUGUGUGCACUGGCCUUUUGUGAAAAUUUAACACAGUAGAAGGGAAAUAUGGGAAUCUAUACAUCUGGCACCAAGACUCCAUUAACUUAUUUGUGAUUUUGUGAAGAAAUAUUAGGGAAAUUAUGCAGAUUUAUGCAUCUGGCACCAGAAGAAGGUCCUGCUUACAUGAUCCAAAUACUAUUUCAAUACAGUUAUUAAGUCUUUGGUUAAUGGGUCAGCAACUAUGGUGGUUUAGUGCUGAUUGUUCCUAACGUAAGCUGCAGUUUCUUGUAGGAUGACAAAGUUCCUAACAUUUACUGUACAACUGGCCUUUAAAAAAUGUGAACCGAGUUUUGCUUUUCUCUGGCGAAACCUACAACUAAUACAGAGGAAAUUGACAGAAGAAGAGGGUGAAGUGAAGAGCAGACGGGAAGAGCUAAUGUGGCUGCUAUAAGAGAUCAUGUUUGUGUUGUGGGUUGAUGUGUGCUGGUGAGACCAGAACAGAAGUGUUUAAUCUCCCAGUAAAUAAUGCAGGAUGCCAGCACAUGUGAUUCAGGAAUUGUUUGCCAUAACUGUAGGCGAAGAAAUAAAAAUGCUCUGCCUACUGUUGUUGACAAAUAUGCUCUUGAAUUUGCACCUGUGUUUGCAAGAUGCAUACUGUGAAGUUGGGGGUUAAGCUUCCUGAAAUGGUGUCAGCAAAGUCUUUAAAUCCACUAUUUGCUUUACAACAACAGUACAACAAUCUCUUUUUUUUAAUGUGAAAACUUCCAUGAAUAGCACUGAGUAUGUUUGUAUGUGUCCAUCUGUCAAAAAUGUGUUUUUCUGUGAAGUGUACAUAUCAUUCAAAUCAAACUGUUUGCACACACACACACACACACACACACACACACACACACACACACACACACACACACACACACACACACACACACACACACACACACACACACACACAUACACACAUACAUUAGUGAAUAAUCAUCAUCUCCCUAUAACCUAAUUAUGUUCUUUGAAAUGCUCUGUACAUAAAUCACUCCUGUAAAGAUGAUGGCUUUAUUUAUUGAGAGCUGGCAGAGUGGAGAGCUUGGUGCUGGUCAGUUGGCUGGCAGCUUGCUUCUCUCAGUCUGUUGUUUGUUUUUCUAAUAUUGUCAGCCACAGGUUUUAAUGUCACCAUUUCCUAUGUGCCUAAAUUCUUUCUGUAUGUUGGAGGCAGACUGUUUUUGUAGCUGUACUAGAGUUGUCAUUACAGUUUAAAUUUGUGCACUUCAUUCUGACAUGCACAGUUAACCAGCAGUUUACAGGUAAUGGUAAUCCCCGAUUACUUCCCCAUUGCACAUAAUGUCAGUAACACUACGAAACUGUGUUAUGAAAAUUCGCGUAAUUGGCAAAUUCCAAAUAUGAAAACAAGAAAAAUCCUCAAUUUACGGCCAAGAUUGGUUUAUAUUAGUCAAGCACUUCUAUAAACCAAUCUGGAUACACGUGCUUACUCGUAAUGUUACAAGUUUAGUGAAGUUUUAGUUUCACUGACCAUGAUUUCUUACAAAGAAUGUCUGUUCUCUGUGAACUUAAUAUUAAUGGCUUUCUGUUCUUGUCUUCACAGUGUUAAGUUUCUAGCAUUCGCCUUCUCUCUAAUGAGGAGUCAGUAACCGGUAAACACAAAUUUGCGGCGGGAGCCACGUAAGCGACAGGGGUGACACGGAUGGACAGUUUAAAGGAGAUCUUUGGGGUGACAAGAGAGAGACCAGAGGUUAAUCAUGAAUUUAAAAAAAAUCAUAUGGUCUGCUCCUCACGUUGUUACCAAAGCAGCCUCUUGGAACUCGACCAUACUUUUGACAACUGUCUGACUGACCUUUUUGCUUUUGUUUUUUGUUUUUAUUUUUCUCUUUUUCUGGGCAACCUGACUGAGCAUUGCACUGACACACUUUUGGGAGAGAAAAGGACUCCUGAUUACACAUUCCAGAUGACAUCUCUCUGACAACAUUAUACUCGCCAUCUUGUAUGAUGACCAACUCAGUACCAUAUACAGUGCUGAACAACUGCGCAACUUCACAAGUUUCCGAAAAAAAAGAAAAAAAAAACUAAACAAACAAAAACUUGUCUUCACAAAGGACUGAAUGAACAAUGUAGCAUCUCUGCUAACAUAUUGUAGCAUUUGUUGGCUGGGAAAUAACUUGAUUCAAUCCAUCAACAGUUCGAAGAGAGAGGAAUUUAUGCAUUCAAGGGAUCUUUUAGAUGUCAUUUUCCUCUUGGGUUCCUUUCCACUGAAGAAAAAAACAAUAUAUAUAUAUAUAUACACAGAAAGUACAUGAGAGACAAAGGAUUGUUCUUACUCAUUUAAACUUGACAUUCCAAAAAAAAGAGAGAAAUGCACUAAAUUAUAAAUAGUGCAAAUGAAAUCAAUCACAAAUGCACAGUAUCUAACAACACCCAUACUAUAGUCCCUCAUUCAGGUUUAUCUUGUAUCGCAUGUUUGCCACUGAACCUAUGUCUUCCAUUCACUUCUAUCAGACUGAAACACUGCCCUUCUCACAAGUACUGAGAUAAUCAAAAACAACGUAUGAAGCACAUGUAGCAUCAGCUCAGACAGAUCAUGUAUGACAUUUACUGUACAUUUAGACUCACCCAAAACAUUUCGCCAUAUGAAAAUGGUGGAAAAAGACUUUAUCUCUCAUGUACUUAAGUGGGCUAGCCCGAAAAUCCAACGUGGGAUACCAAAGGUCCUGUAGCAUGCACUUGCUGAAUGACCUUCUGUAAAUGUAUUUUAGAUUAGGAGAAAUAUUUCAUUUAGGAUGAAGUUUGUACUCGCCUUCAUACUGGCCACUGUCUCUGUUUAGUACAAAGUCAUUCCUCUAAAAGAACUUAGUCCUUUAACUGCCACUAACAUCCCAUUCCAAUAUGCACAUUUAAAUAUGACAAGGAUUUUCCCUAUGUCUGACUGACGCAUUGCUCAGUCUUGAGGAGCAAAAAGACUGAUUCAAGGAGACCAAACUCCUAUGGACAAUUGUCAGUCUUCAAUAUCAAAGGAUAUUGGCUUGCCUAAAACAACAAAAAGGACACCCCUACCACAAAGGCACUUUUUACGUCACAUAAAACUGUCCAUUAGCUGGAAAUUAUGUGUUAUCAUUUUUGAAAGGGACCAAUCAGUUAAAUGUUCCCCCUAACACAAAGGCCGACACUGCCAAUUAGGCACAAGAUUCCCCAGAUGCAUACUGCCCCAUCUCUCUCUUGUCCCUCUUGCUGCCAACGACUGCUUCAUUGGCAAGUCGAUGUCAAGAUAAGGAUGGCCCAUCAGGGGAGCCCUUAGGCAAAGGGGAAAAUGAGAAGAAAUGGACCAAGAGUAGAGAAAGUGUGGAAGUGUACAAAGAGAACAAAUCUAUAUUUUGAUAAACAAAUCAACUAUCCAUGGCUUCGGAGAAAGUUUCUGAACAGAAAAGGCCCAGAAUGGAAGAAAGAAAGAAAGGAAAAAAAAAACAUCAGAUGCAAAUGUGAAUAGAAAAUUUGGCAUCAUGAAAUG